AUGCCUUCAAUGGAUAAUGAUGGGGCUGAAGAUGAGAAAUCCAGCAGAUCUGCAGCCAAGAAUUUUGUCCCUCUACACAUAAAAACACAUCAAAAAGGACUACUUAGAGACCAUGAUAACAAAACCCAAGAUGGUGGUACGCAUAACAGUCUGAACAAUAAGAUGUCGAGCUUCUUUAGCCUUGGUAAGCACGACGCCCAGACUGUAAAAUUUCAACAGCUUGCCAAAGAUAAGGAUGUCUUUUCGCAGGGCAUGCCUUCUAACACUAAUCAAACUUAUGGAGGAGGCUUGCGGAGGGUAUUUAGUAGAAAACUCGAUUGGGGGUCCCUUCAAAACCUAGCUAAAGAAUGGAUUAAAGAUCCAAGGAACAUGGUUCUAUUGAUUUGGAUGAUUUGUGUUGCUGUCUCUGGAGCGAUUCUUUUUCUUGUUAUGACAGGUAUGUUGAAUAGUGCACUUCCUAAAAAAUCACAAAGAAACGCUUGGUUUGAAGUCAACAACCAGAUACUCAAUGCGUUAUUUACGCUCAUGUGUUUGUACCAACACCCUCAUCGUCUCUAUCACCUUAUACUGCUUAUAAGAUGGAGAUCAGAAGAAGACGUUUCCAAAUUGAGGAAAGCAUAUUGCAAGAACGCAAGUUACAAACCGCAUGAAUGGGCACACAUGUUGGUUGUUGUCUUGCUGCUUAACCUUAACUGUUUUGCACAGUAUGCACUAUGUGGUCUAAAUGUUGGGUACAAGAGAUCAGAAAGACCUGCAGCUGGAGUGGCGAUUACUUUAUUUGUAGCAAUUGGUGCCCCUGCAGUAGCUGGUGUCUAUAGUUCCAUUAGUCCUCUUGGAAAAGACUAUGACAUGGCUUCUGAUGAAGAAUCCCAGCUAUACAAAGAGCCCAUGAGUAGUAGUGGGUCAGUUCGGAAAAUAUUGGAACCAUUUGAAAGAAGAUUUUUCUUUGCAUCAAAAGACGAUUCCAAAAACAUCAUAAGUAAUCCUGAAUGGAGUGGAGGUAUAUUUGAUUUUUGGGAGGAUAUAUCGUUAGCAUAUCUGUCGUUAUUUUGUAGUUGUUGUGUGUUUGGAUGGAAUAUGGAGAGACUCGGUUUUGGAAACAUGUACGUCCAUAUUGCAACGUUUCUCCUAUUCUGUAUGGCGCCAUUUUGGAUAUUUACUUUGGCUGCCAUAAAUAUUGACAAUGAGGGUUUAAGGGAGGCAAUGGGGAUUAUAGGGGUAUGUCUUUGCGUAUUUGGUUUACUUUAUGGUGGUUUUUGGAGGAUUCAGAUGAGGAAGAGGUUCAAUUUGCCAACAUCUAAUUUCUGUUUUAAUAAACCUGCUAUUACUGAUUGUGCAUUGUGGCUAUGCUGCUGUUGGUGUUCAUUAGCUCAGGAAGUCCGAACUGGAAACCUAUAUGAUAUUGUGGAGGAUAAGUUCUACAAACAAACCGAGGCCGAAUCUAGUCAAAGGCCUAUGUUGCCCUUGCAUAGAGAAGGUGAACAUUUGGGUAUUCGCUCUAGCCCGAGUCCUAAUAGAUUUAUGAAGGAAUAUCAUAGCUCAACCGAGCAACAAUCAACGGUAAAACAAGAUUCUUCCUCGGAUGUAACUCUUGAACCGCCAGUUCCAUCCUUUAUACAUUAUUAGUUAAGAAAGAUUAAACUUUAAACCAUUAUUAUUUGUGAUUCAAAAUUGCAAGGACUACCAGCCCUUGUACAUUUUUUGGGAUUGUCUAUAUUAUUUGUUACUUUGUCUUAAGUUUUUUUUUUCUUUUUUCAUCUUAUGAAUAUGCAUUUUAGAUAUUACAUCACUGUACAGUUUUAUCUCAAAUUUUGAAUAUUUGAUAGUAAUAUAAAAAGCCUGUUAGUUAUGUGUUGCA